AAGGCCGGGGAGGAAGCAGAGAAAGAAGGCAUGGCAGCCGUUAAUGUGAUGAAAAAAGAAGUCUUCAGAGAUCCAGAUCGCUGCGAUAUCCCAUAUUACGUUUCGGAAUUUGUAGAAAGAGAAGUUGGGAAUGACUAUGAUUCUCUGAAGAAGCUGGGCAGCCUCAUUGAAAAGCUGUCUGAAAACAAAAAGCAGUUGGAAGAACAGGUGCUUACAGUUUCAUCCGAAGUUCCUAAAAGAAUUCAGAAUGCCUUAAAGAAUGCAGAGGACUCUAAAAAAAGUCUGAAUCGGCUUUUAGAGGAAGAAACUCUCCUGUCUGAUUCCAUCAGCAGCCACUUAGAGAAAGCUGAGCCAUGGAUGGAGGAUCUCGGUGUGCUGAUCAGCCAGGUAGAGGAGAUUGAGCGUCACCUGUCCUAUCUUAAAUGGAUUUCCCGAAUAGAAGAGCUCAGUGAUAACAUUCAGCAGUAUCUGAUGACCAACAAUGUUCCAGAGGCAGCCAGUACUCUAGCAUCUAUGGCAGAACUGGAUAUUAAACUUCAGGAGUCAUCUUGUUCUCAUCUUCUUUCGUUUGUGAGAUCCACUGUUAAAUUUUGGCAUAAAAUUCUUAAGGACAAGUUGUCAAGUGACUUCGAAGAAGUGCUGACCCAGCUUCGUUGGCCAUUUGUGGGGCCGCCGCAGUCUCAAGCAUUUGGCCUUACUGCACCAGCCAAUGCUUCUGAUGUUUACAACAAUUUAGAGAUGUUGUUCUGUCAGCUUCUGAAAUUGCAAACAUCAGAUGAACUGUUAACCAAACCUAAACAACUGCCAGAAAAGUACGCCUUACCCCCAUCACCGCCUAUUAUCCUUCCAAUGCAGAUCAUGCUGAAUCCUCUCCAGAAAAGAUUCCGGUAUCAUUUCACUGGAAAUAAACCAACCAAUGUUUUAAGCAAGCCUGAGUGGUAUUUAACACAAGUGCUUAUGUGGAUUGGAAAUCACGCAAAGUUCCUUGAUGACAAAAUCCAGCCAAUACUGGACAAGGCGGGAUCGGCAGUGAAUGCUGGGCUUGAAUUCUCUCGUGCUCUUGUAAUGCUGAUUUUGGAGAAGCUGGCUGCUGAUAUUCCAUUCCUGUUAUAUGAUGACACUCUUUUUUGUCACCUUGUGGACGAGGUACUUCUGUUUGAGAGAGAGCUGUACAGUGUUCAUGGUUAUCUCAGCAGCUUUCCCAGUUGCAUGCAUAUUCUCUCAGAAGAGUCCUGCUUCCAGAGAUGGCUAACAGUGGAAAAGAAAUUUGCUCUUCAGAAAAUGGACUCUAUGCUUUCAUCAGAGGCUGCGUGGGUAUCGCAGUACAAAGAUAUCAGUGAUGUGGAUGAAAUGAAAGUGCCAGACUGUGCAGAAACUUUUAUGACUCUGUUGUUAGUUAUAACAGACAGGUAUAAGAAUCUUCCAACGGCUUCCAGAAAACUGCAGUUCCUGGGGCUACAGAAGGAGUUGGUUGAUGAUUUUAGGAUACGAUUAACUCAAGUAAUGAAGGAAGAGAGUAGAGAUUCUUUAGGCUUCCGAUACUGUGCGAUCCUCAAUGCUGUUAACUACAUAGCAACUGUGCUGGCAGACUGGGCUGACAAUGUAUUCUUCUUGCAGCUACAGCAGGCUGAACUGGAGGUUUGUGCAGAAAGCGAUGCUGUCAGCCAGCUGCAGCUGGGGCAGCUGGCUUCAAUGGAGAGUUCUGUCUUUGAUGAAAUGAUCAACCUCCUGGAACGCCUGAAACACGAUAUGUUGAGUCGCCAAGUGUACCACGUCUUCAGGGAGGUCACAGAUGCUGCAAAGCUGUACAAAAAAGAGAGGUGGUUGUCUUUACCAUCUCAGGCAGAGCAGGCAGUCAUGUCUUUGUCAAGCACAGCUUGCCCAAUGUUGUUGACUCUACGAGACCGCUUGCUACAACUGGAACAGCAGCUCUGUCACUCUCUGUUUAAAAUAUUCUGGCAAAUGCUCGCAGAGAAAGUGGACACUUACAUCUAUCAGGAGAUAAUUAUGGCAAAUCAUUUCAAUGAAGGAGGAGCAGCACAGCUUCAGUUUGACAUGACCAGAAACCUUUUUCCUUUGUUUUCACACUACUGUAAGAGGCCGGAAAACUACUUCAAGCACAUCAAAGAGGCCUGCAUUAUCCUGAAUCUGAAUAUUGGUUCUGCCUUGCUUCUGAAGGAGGUACUGCAGUCAGCCUCAGAAAGCGAAGCGCCAUUGCAGCCAAACCAGCCAUCAGCAACAGCAGCGUUAAAUGAACUGGGAGUUUACAAAUUAGCACAACAGGAUGUUGAGAUUCUUCUCAAUUUGAGAGCUAUUUGGCCAAGUACGGGCAAAUAAAGACUUUUUUCAGAAGUGGUUAAAACUUAAUCUAGAUCACUUGUUUAAAAAAAAAAUAAGCAGAAAGCUGUGUCAUUGGUUUGAUAUAAUCUUACUUUUAUUAUAUACAGUUCCAAAAAAAAAAACCUUUAAGGUGCUAUGGUGCUGACUUGUAACUGCACAGAUCUUUCUUUUCCAGCACUGCUUUGUCUUGACAUUUAGAAGCUCACAGGUUCUUCAUUACUAAUGAAUGUGUUACUUGUUUUCGGAUGGCCUGCCUUGUUGCUUUGGCAUGCUGUCACACUGGUAUAAUGACUUCAGAGCUGGUGCAUGUAUGCAGGUGCAGCUGUGUGCAGUAUGGACAGCUGGCAUGCUCUCACCUAAGUGCAGAUGUUUUCCACUUCUCAAUCCCUGGUGUAAUGAGUGUUCUGUAUUAAAAUGUGCACAGCGAGUCUCAGCAUGGAAUGAAGGAAUAUAUCAUUUUUAUUUAUCAAUACUAUUUCAAAAUUCAAUUUUUUUUUCCUUUUUUUUUUUUUUUUUUUUUUUUUUGCUGUCCCCAAGUGGCCUCUGUUUUUUGAGUAGGACUUCCUUUAUUCAUGGCCUUAUUUAAAAGCUGUGAUCGUUGGCAAUGCUGUAUUUCUCCAAACAUGAACAUUUUGAAGUUGCUGAAGCCGAUGAUGUUUUUCGUACCAGCACUGUGAGGCCACAGUUGAAGGAGGAAAUGCCAAAACACUUAUUUUUGAUUUGUAAACAGGGUUUCUACUUAUUCAGGCAAUCUUAUUAUCUUAAUUAAUGCAUUUCUAGUGCCUGGUAAGCACAAACAUGUUUUUGUCAUUUGUUCUCUCAGCCGACAGCUAAAAUGGAUGGGGGGAAAAUAAAUGCACUGCUUAAACUUG